AUGUCAGUCGCUGUGCGCGUUUCGCGGAGAGGAGCCGCGGAGGUCCCAAGGCGGCUGCUGCCAUCGCAUCGCCAUGCGACCGCUGCCGUGUCGGCGGCCUUCGAGCUUUUGCCCACAGCUCCUGGCCGCCCGUUCUUCUCGCUCUCCGCCUGUCCCACCCAAUCAGCGUCCGCCAUUUGUCCGUCAGCCGCGUCGCCUUCAGUCGCCGCGUCCUCCGCCAGCCCCGCCAGCCCCGCCAGUUCCGCCAGUUCCGCCAGGCGCGUGCCGUUCUCCCCCGUUCCCCGCGUGGCCGCGAUUGGCGGCGACGUGGACGUGCACGGCGCGGCGUUUCGACUGCGAGAGAAGGCGAUGGAGCGAUUGCUGGGCGAGCUGCGACAGGCGACGGACACGGUGCUGCAAGGAGGGGGUCCCAAGGCGGUGCAGCGGCAGCACAGGCGCGGCAAGCUGCUGCCCCGCGAGCGCAUCGACCGCCUGCUCGACCCCGCCUCGCCCUUCCUCGAACUCUCCCAGCCUCACUCCCGUAUUCUCACCUUCCCGCCUCUGCCAUCGCCAUCUCCCCAUCUGUCCUCCUCAACAACCCCACCUCCCCGCCGCUCUCCCUCCCACCUUUUCCCCCCCUCUCCGCCCAUGUCGUUCCAGCUGGCGGGCAUGGGCAUGUACGGGGAGGAGGAGGUGCCGGGGGGGGGCAUCGUGACGGGGUUAGGGCGCGUGGGCGGGCGGGUGAGUGUGAUAGUGGCGAACGACGCUACAGUGAAGGGCGGCACGUACUACCCCAUCACCGUGAAGAAGCACCUCAGAGCACAGGAGAUCGCUGCUCAGUGCCGCCUGCCCUGCAUCUACCUCGUUGACAGCGGAGGCGCCAACCUGCCACGGCAGGCGGACGUGUUUCCAGACCGCGACCACUUCGGCCGCAUCUUCUUCAACCAGGCGCGCAUGUCACGGGACGGCAUACCGCAGAUCGCGGUGGUGAUGGGCAGCUGCACGGCGGGGGGCGCGUACGUGCCGGCCAUGGCGGACGAGAGCAUUGUCGUGCACCGCCAGGGUACCAUUUUCCUCGGCGGGCCACCACUCGUCAAGUCAGAUGGCGAGGUGCUCAAGGAAGACAGCGAGGUGCUCAAGGAAGACAGCGAGGUGCUCAAGGAAGACAGCGAGGUGCUCAAGGAAGACAGCGAGGUGCUCAAGGAAGACAGCGAGGUGCUCAAGGAAGACAGCGAGGUGCUCAAGGAAGACAGCGAGGUGCUCAAGGAAGACAGCGAGGUGCUCAAGGAAGACAGCGAGGUGCUCAAGGAAGACAGCGAGGCGGCGACAGGGGAGGAGGUGACAGCAGAGGCGUUGGGGGGAGGGGCGGUGCACAGCCGGGUGUCGGGCGUGACGGACCACCUGGCGCGUGACGAGCUGCACGCCAUUGCCAUCGCCAGGCGCAUUCUCGCCUUGCUGCCCUCCUCACAUCCCGCCUCCUCCUCCACCUCACCCGCCCUCCCACCGCUCCCCUCGCCCCUGUCCCGCCGUGCAUGGGAGGAGCCGCUCUUCCCAGCGGAGGAGCUGAGGGGGCUGGCGCCCAUAGUGGGGGGGGAGGGGCGCAAGGGGGAGGGCGAGGGGGGCGAGGAGGAGGGGGCGGCGGAGGCGAGGGGGGUGGACAUGCGGGAGGUGAUCGCGCGGCUGGUGGACGGCAGCCAGUUCGAUGAGUUCAAGCGCCUCUAUGGCUCUUCGCUGGUGUGUGGGUUUGCGAGGGUGCAGGGUCAGGAGGUGGGCGUGGUGGCGAACAACGGCGUGCUGGUGGUGGAUGCGGCGCUCAAGGGCGCGCACUUCGUGCAGCUCUGUGACCACCGGCGCACCCCGCUGCUCUUCCUGCACAACAUUUCCGGCUUCAUGGUGGGGCGGGCAGCAGAGAGUGCGGGCAUAGCCAAGGCAGGGGCCAAGAUGGUUAUGGCUGUUGCAUGUGCUCAGGUGCCUAAGAUAUCGCUGGUGGUGGGCGGCAGCUUUGGGGCGGGCAACUACGGCAUGUGUGGCCGCGCCUACUCGCCCAACUUCCUCUUCCUCUGGCCCUCCGCGCGCAUCUCCGUCAUGGGCGGCCAGCAGGCGGCAGGGGUGUUGGCGCAAGUGGAGAAGGACAAGAGAGCACGUGAUGGCACUCCGUGGGGCGAGGAGGAGGAGCGCGCGUUCAAGCAGGGCAUAGCGCAGCGGUACGACAGCGAGGGCUCGGCGUUCUUCUCAACGGCGCGGCUGUGGGACGACGGCAUCAUCGACCCCGCCCACUCCCGCACCGUGCUCUCCCUCGCCCUCGCCGCCACCCAAGCCGGCAUGCCCGCUGCUCACACCCUCACUGGUGCUGGCCCCAGAUAUGGAGUGUUCCGCAUGUGA